AUUCCCUCCACCUUGACUGCGGAUCGUCUCGCACUCGCCAUGGGCCUCGCCACCGCAUCGUGCAAGGUCUUUCUGCGGUUUCGGCCCAUGGAGUCAGACUUCUUAGACCGCGCUCCAUUGACUAAUGCUUAGCAUACUUACUCGCUGGGGACGUACUUUCGCCUCUGGCGUUUCCGCGAGGGGAGAUUGCCCAGACAAAAACCGUAGAUCCACGACGUCGUCACUGUCGCGUUCUAGACGCGGUGGAUUUGACGACGGGCCUCUGGUGAUAGGUAAUCAGCCCUCUCUCGAGCCAGGUCGUGUACAUAACAGUUCCAAAUCCGCGGCCUCGUGGAGUCUUUUGUGUGCAUUUUUUUUGACUCCAGAUAUUCGAGGUUCUUUUCUGUCCGCUCUCGCGUCCGAGAUUUGGUGAACCCACCUCGCCGUCGUAAAGAGCAGCGCAAUCAGCGGUUUCCGCGGUCGAGACUUUUUUUUUUUCUUCUAAUUUCUUCCCCAACGAUACCGUCUCGGCGGGAGAAGGAUUUGAAAGCGAUCUGGGAAAGCAUCCUACCAAGGACGGGAGAGUGGAGAUGCCGAACAUGGGUCCGCCGAAGCACGAAAUGGUGUACUUCAAGGGGCUGGCGACGAGCACGCGAGCGUUUGGCGAGUUCAGAAGAGUCUUGCACACGGGUCUGUACAGCCAGCUCGUCGUGAUGGAGGUUCCCGUAGGCGGUGAGAUCGGCGACGAGGUGCACACUGUUGAUCAGAUUCUGAUCUUCACGUCCGGCAAGGGCCUCGCCACCGUCGCGGGGAAGGAUCAGGAAGUCGAAGCCGGAGACAUCGUGAUCGUGCCUGCGGGAACGCUGCAUCAGUUCGUCACCAGGGGCGACAAGCCUCUGGAGUUGAUCACGGUGUACUCGCCCGCGGAACAUGCGACGGUUACGGUUCACAAGGAUAAGGAAUCCGGUGACAAGGAGGAGGAGGAAGGCAUCGACGAGCCGCCCGAGUGGAGCCGGCAGAGCAAAGCGGAUAACGAGAAGGCGGGUUUGGUAAACUUGAGCGGGAAAUAUGAAGAGUAGGAAAGUCUUCAUGGACUCUCAAUGCUCCGUUGGAUUCGCACCAUGUAAUAGUAAUGAUAAUGACACAAAUAAACGCGCAUCCCGUCCUAUACA